UGACGAGGGAUCCAAAAUCCUCAUGAUCCUGUGUGCAAGUCCUGACCCAAAGGAACUACACAAGACCAUAUCCACCCUGGAGUACGGAGCCAGAGCGAAAUGCAUCACCCGUGCAGCAGCUCACGCCUCGACACCGUCGGGCAAGAUGAGCUCCAAAGACGCCGGGUACGAGGUGAUGCGGUCGAAGGACGAGGAGAUUGCGCGUCUGAGGACGAAGCUCAGGUUUAUGGAAGCAGCCGCGACACAGGAAGAGAUCCGCGUGAAGGCCGUCGUCGAUGAGGAGACCCGGGUCCUAAGGAGUGAGCUGAGGACGAUGGGAGAGAAUAUGCUCAUGCAGCAGCAGGAGCUCCUUGCUGUGAAGCAGCGGCUGCAGGAGGUGGAGCGCGAGAAGCUCGACGUGGAGGAUGAGUUGCACCUGGCCUGGAGGGUCAUGAUGAAACUUGCAGUCUACGUGCAAAACUUGGGUGGCCCACUCACUUGAAUGAUAGAGAUCCAUAAUCUUUUUAUUAGGCCCGUUUCUUUUGGGUGGUGCUUCAGGACAUAUGGGGAGAAAAUGUGAGUAGUUGACUGCUGCUACAUCUACGUUCUUUUGGGUUGAACGACAUACUCGCUGCUGCUAUGUUUGUAGGAGUUCAUGCUAAAUUGGUCUCACUGUGCGUAAAACUUUGCAUGAUCAUUUUACAUUGUUGCUCCGACUGCUCUCA